AUGACGACGAUGCAAGACGACAACUCAGCGUCCGCGAUACGCUUCAAGCGCCGCAAAACCACCCACCCGAAGCGUGUCGUCGUCGAAGAAGAUGCGCCUACGGUCGCGGCCUCACAAUCUCCCGAUGCUGGCACUCUACAGCAUGCGCCCUCGUCGCUGGAAGAAGCCAACAACGACGCAGAGUCUGUCCCAAACCUAAAAGAGAUACUGCGCAACCGGAAGCGCCCACGAGACCGCCUCAAGGACAGCGCGCGCAAAACAGACGCCCCCCGGAUGGAUCUGGUUUCCACAGACGCACCGCCGCAAGACCAGUAUACAGGGCGCUUUGUUGCGCAGACAGGGCAGGUUGUGGAUCGCGACGACAAGCAGAUGUCGGAAUACGUAGAAGCCCGCAUGGCUGAAAAGAACUACCGUGAAUACGGCUGGCCCAUACCAUCCCAUCUCCAGGCGUCGGUCGCAGCCAUCGCGCCAGACCUGCAACACACCUUUACCUCUUCCUCCAAGACGUCUGCGCAUGCGCCGACCGCCACGGAAACCCCCGCCGACAAGCAACACAGCCAGCGGCUCGCUGCCGGCCGCGGCAAACUCGAAGAAGUCGAUCUCGGCCCCGAGGCCGCCGCCCGCAUCGAGCAGGCGUGGAAGCGCCUCGAAACCGGUGAGCCUGAGCUGUCCGCCUCCAGAGCGCGCAGAGACAGGUACGGCUAUGCGUGGCGCAAGCCGCGGGGCGGAAAGACGGACGAAGACAAGAAACGCGAUCAGAUGGUCGAAGCUGUGCUCAGCGAGGCAAAACUUGAUUACUUUGACGCGCCUGCUCCGUCCAAGCCCCCCGUUCCAAACUCCACACAUGCCAAUGCCGACGAUGCGCUCGUCGAGCAGUUCCGGACAGAGUACUUUGAAUCCAUCGAGGCGCGGCACCAGCGGCAUGCAGCGAGAAAGCCCGCGACGUCUGCGGCCAAGGGCGCGGCGCCCACGAUUUCAGGGCCCAAAAUGGGUGGGAGCAAGAGUGCGCGGGCGCGGAUGCACAAGUUGCAGCAGGAGGAGUUGGCGAAGAAGAAAAUGAAGCAAUAG